UGCAGCCAUCAAGUUUUAUCCUAGGGCUAUGCAACUUGUACCUGAUAUAGAAUUCAAGAUUACUUAUACCCGAUCUCCAGAUGGUGAUGGCAUUGGAAACAGCUACAGUGAAGACGAUGAUGAUAGCAAGAUGGCAGAUCUCUUGUCCUGCUUCCAGCAACAGCUCACAUUUCAGGAAUCUGCACUCAAACUGUGUCAGCCCGAGCUUGAGAGCAGUCAGACUCACAUAUCAGUGCUGCCGAUGGAAGUCCUGAUGUACAUCUUCCGGUGGGUGGUGUCUAAUGACUUGGACCUCAGGUCAUUAGAGCAGUUGUCGCUGGUGUGCAGAGGAUUCUAUAUUUGUGCCAGAGACCCUGAAAUAUGGCGUUUGGCCUGCUUGAAAGUAUGGGGUAGAAGCUGCAUUAAGCUUGUUCCAUACUCAUCCUGGAGAGAGAUGUUUUUAGAACGGCCUCGUGUUCGCUUUGAUGGGGUGUAUAUCAGUAAAACUACAUAUAUUCGUCAAGGAGAACAGUCUCUUGAUGGUUUCUAUAGAGCCUGGCACCAAGUGGAAUAUUACAGGUACAUAAGAUUCUUUCCUGAUGGUCAUGUGAUGAUGUUGACAACCCCUGAGGAGCCUCAAUCUAUAGUUCCCCGUUUAAGAACUAGGAAUACCAGAACGGAUGCAAUUCUACUGGGUCAUUAUCGCUUGUCACAAGAUGCAGACAAUCAGACCAAAGUAUUUGCUGUAAUAACUAAAAAAAAAGAAGAAAAACCUCUCGACUAUAAAUACAGGUAUUUUUGUCGUGUCCCUGUACAAGAAGCAGAUCACAGUUUUCAUGUGGGGCUUCAGCUAUGUUCCAGUGGCCACCAGCGGUUCAAUAAACUUAUCUGGAUCCAUCAUUCUUGUCACAUUACUUACAAAUCAACUGGUGAGACUGCAGUGAGUGCUUUUGAGAUUGACAAGAUGUACACCCCUUUGUUCUUUGCCAGAGUGAGGAGCUACACUGCUUUCUCAGAAAGGCCUCUGUAGAACCUCAGAUUUAUGAGCAGAUUUCAGUCACAUAAGUUGCCUCUGCCUGUUCAUCCUAAUACUUAAAUGCAUCAGGGGAGCCUUCACUGGAUAAGUAUUUUAUUUCCCGCAUGAGUUAGUGUCUUUGCACUACAUGAGGUCAAAAUGUGAAAACCUGUUCUGGAUUUGUUUGAAACUGUUCAAUUAAGUUCAUAAAUAAAUGUUUGCUACAAGGAAAA